AUGAUGCCGCUGACUCAAGGCUUUGGCACGUUGGCCGACAAGCUUAAACCGCAGGAGUCUAAGUUUGUGUUCGAUAUGGGUCUGCAAGCACCGCUCGUGCCACAGCUAGCCAACAGAAAGGAAGAACCGCUCACAGCCACACACACGUUGAUGUCAGAUGUGCUUGCCUUUAUGCUGUCCUUAAUGCACAACGAGGUUAUCACACUGGGGCAGGAGCCAUGCAAGGUGGCGGACGUAUCUCGCUUCUCUCAGCGCGCCCAGGGGCUGAUCUGGAUCUUUGAUUUGUGGAAACGAAAUCACCUGAGCGUAUUAUUUUACGACACGUGUAACGAAUUGAAUAUACGACAGGACCCCUGCCGGCAACCGGCUUGCUUUAUGUGGCACGUGGAGGAUGUACCGCCCGAUAGGUAAGGCA